CAAAAUAAAAAGAAAUUUGUGGUUACUUAAAGUCCGAACAGGAGCCGCCUGAAAAAUAUCAGUUGGCAGUGCCAUAUCGACAUUGAAUUAUCGAUAAUUUCAUGCAGUGCAUCGUUUCGGUUCACCUUACCAUAUACCAUCCAUCCAUUACUCAUUAUUCGGUUCAGUUCAGCUAUUGACAACGGGGUUGAAAAAAUUUCAAGUCUUCUAGAAGUUUUGUAAUUUCUUUGAAAAUAAACAAGAACCCUUCUAUAAGAUGCCUAACAUCAAGUUGCAGUCUUCGGACGAAGAAAUCUUUGACACCGACAUCCAGAUUGCCAAGUGCUCGGGUACUAUCAAAACCAUGUUGGAGGAUUGCGGUAUGGAGGACGACGACAAUGCCGUGGUGCCAUUGCCUAACGUAAAUUCGACUAUUUUGCGUAAGGUUCUCACCUGGGCUAACUACCACAAAGACGACCCACAGCCCAGUGAGGAUGAUGAGAACAAGGAGAAACGCACCGACGACAUUUCGUCUUGGGAUGCCGAUUUUCUUAAAGUCGAUCAAGGAACACUCUUCGAAUUGAUCUUGGCUGCAAACUACUUGGAUAUUAAAGGGUUACUCGAGUUGACCUGCAAGACUGUGGCCAAUAUGAUAAAAGGAAAGACUCCCGAGGAGAUCCGCAAGACCUUUAACAUCAAAAAGGACUUCACUCCGGCAGAGGAGGAGCAGGUUCGCAAGGAAAAUGAAUGGUGUGAGGAGAAGUAAAGAGGCAACAAAUCAUGCGUUCGGGGUUUGCCGUCUGACCUCCGGCUGAGCAUGAUGUUAGUAAUUAAUUUUAAAUUUAAAAUCCAAUAUUUUUCGUAUAAUGUCCUCAUUUAUGUAUUAAAAAAGAUGAAAUUUACUUAUGCAUAACAAUAUGAAACAAAUAAUUACAAAAUGGAAAAAAACAGAAAGCAAAAAUCGGCAACAAAAUUCUAUA